GAAGAUCAGUCAGGAUUCGUCCAUGGUGAAGUUCACAUCAUCUCACUCCCAACGUCAAGUCAAACCAGACAUAAACUCCUGGAGCAAACCGAUAAUUUCUCUGUGUGAGAUAUGAUUUCAUCGAACUGAAUCGAUACCAGUACAAUCGAGGAUCAUUUGGCAGCUUAAAUACAUCAGUUGACAUGCUUGCAAUUUAUUUCACGAAAUAGAGUCUCCAUACAGAGCUCAAUCGAGGUAACUGACCGUGCGCAACGGUGCUAUUAAGGUCGUUGCUGCCCCCAGGAUUGCAUUUCUCGAGUGGACCUAUCCAACAUCCUGUCCCAAUUAAACCAUAAAAAAUCAUUCUGGUCAUCACCAGUACGAGUUCAAAGACUGAUUGUAUCUGGAAAAGUGAGACAACUGAUCAUAAUUUCCUCAGAGGCAUUUCUUCCUGAAGUGGUGUUCAUCGGGCCCAGGAACCUCGACUAAAACCACCCCGAGCGGUAGCGUAAUUGCACACCGGCCUGAUCAUUAGGGAUUAAAUUGAACCCCUUGAACUGCUGAGAAUCACUGCUGCAGCAUUUUGAAGAAGAAAUAAUCGUCAGACGACGAAUUGACAAUUUAAUUUUGCUAUUAUUUGGCGAAAUUUGGAGGAAUCCAACGAUUGGGUCAAUUAAUAAAUUUCGUGCCCUUCGGCAUAUUCAUAAACAUCUAGUGGGUAGUGAUUGGUUGUUUCGUACUUAUUUUCCGAAACAUCCCCAAAACGGCAACCCGUCGUCGUUGUUUACGUGCUGCGAGAGGUCGCAAGAGAAUAGAGAGAAAAAAUUUAACGUCAACGGUGACAUGGAAGAAAAGUCAUCGGCAAGAUUUUCUGAGUAUCUAUUUGCUAAAAUGGGAGGACACGAUGUUUCAGCCUCACAGGGCCCUAGGAAGGUGACGGCAGAUACCAGGAAAUGGAUGCGGGAAAAUAUGCUGCUUUUGGUUACACUGAGUGGUGUUUUACUCGGCGUUGUAUUGGGGUUUGGUUUGCGACCUCUGGGACUGGGUGGAGAUGCUGUCAUGUUGAUAAGCUAUCCUGGGGAGUUAUUCAUGAGACUAUUGAAAUUGAUGAUUCUACCGCUUGUAAUUGCCAGUCUAAUUUCCGGAUCGGCGAGUCUGAACGCAAAAAUGAAUGGAAAAAUUGCUGUUAGAACUCUAGUUUAUUUCAUUCUGACUUCCUUAUUCAACGCCAUUCUGGGGGUCGCUCUCGCCCUGUUGAUUCAUCCUGGAAAUUCUGGAAUAAGGGAGGCAACAGCCCUGUCAACUCAUACCCGUGCGGUUAACAUUCUUGACAGUCUCCUAGAUCUUGGAAGAAACAUGUUUCCGGACAAUUUAUUCCAGGCAGCUUUCCAACAAGCACACACAGUCUACGUGCCUAAACAACCGUCACUUCAGAAUGAAAGUGACAAGCUCCUGGAUCCCAAGGAUCUGCCUGAGGAGGAACUGAUAAGAGUCAUUCAGUACAGAAGUGGCACAAACACACUGGGAAUUGUAUUUUUUUGUCUUGUUUUUGGGACAUUCUUGGGCACCCUCGGGGAAAAAAAGGGUCAAAUUGUUAUUGAAUUUUUUAAAGCUGUUUUCGAAGUCAUCAUGAGGAUGGUUUCUACUGUUAUGUGGAUGACUCCAAUUGGAAUAACAUCGGUGAUAGCUGGAAAAAUUCUGGGUGUAAAUGAUCUGGGCCUGGUCAUGUCCCAACUCGCUUGGUUCAUUGUCACAGUGGUUGUCGGUGUAUUCUUUUAUCAGCUCGUUAUAAUGCAACUUAUUUACCUGGCGAUCGUUAGAAAGAAUCCAUUUAAAUUCUACGCUGGUCUGGCCCAGGGAACCCUCACCGCCUUCGCCAUGGCAUCAACGGCGGCGGCACUUCCUGUUACUUUUCGACUGAUGACGGAGAAGCUAAGUGUCGACCCGAGGGUCACGAGAUUUGUACUACCCAUUGGAUGCAACAUUAAUAUGGAUGGAACAGCACUUUUUGUAUCAACUGCCAGUGUUUUUAUCGCACAGAUGAACGGAAUUUUCCUGGGCUUCGGGGAAAUUGUCACCGUCAUAUUGACAUCAACUGCAGCUAGUGUAUCUUCUGCAUCAGUUCCUAGUGCAGCUCUGGUGCUUCUUCUCGUUGUCUUGAGUGCCAUCGACGCCCCUGUACAAGAUGUUUCACUUUUAUUUGCUAUAGAUUGGUUUGUGGACCGAGUAAGAACCACCAAUAACAUGUUGGGUGACUGCUAUGCCGCCGCUGUUGUUGAACAUCUCUCGAAAAAAGAACUUAUGGCUCUGGAUGCUGCAGCAUACCAAUCAGAAACAGUUGUACUACCAACAACAAUAGUCAAUGGCUGUAUAUCAGCGAAUCGAGUACCCGAUCCUGAUACAGUUAUCGUGGAAAUGCAGGACGAGACUCGAAUAUCCGGCAUCGCCAAGUAAAAAAACUUGUCGUUUGACAGGCUGUCAACCCUUGCCAAGCAACACUAUUUCUGAGGAGACUGUCUGACCAACGGUCGUAUCACGUUUACCAAACGUGAUUAAUAAUCAUCUUGUUAUAUCAAAGCGAUCUCACACAUCUGAUGAUAUAUACUGGGUAAUGUGAAGAUAUUCAAACAAUUACCAUAGAUAAUUAUUUCAAGGAACCACAAUUUGUGCUCCGCGCCAUUACAACUUGACAAAUAAUUACAUAUUCGUGUGGGAACAACCUGCGACCCAUUCGAAUUCUAGUGAGUUAAUUCUAGGGUACAAUUAUUUUUGGCAUUUUUUAUGAAAUUUUUCUUUUUCGAUAAAAUGAUAAAAGCAUAUCGGUGAAUAGUCAAUAAUUCUGUAGAGGUGUGGGAGAAUCAUGAGUGUUGUUAAUAUCUCGGUGAAAAUGGAGGCAUUAAUUUUCAACGAAUGUUUAUUACACCAUCCUCAUCAUCCUUAUUUAAUUAUUUUUAAUUCCCACAAUUGAAUUUGUUUAUAAAAUACGCGUAAUAUUCAAAGCAUAAUUAAUAACUUACAUGAAACGUGUUCUUUCAUUUAAAUAAAUUGUAAACGAUCGGAACAAAAGAAAAUAUGUGAUAUAAUUAUUCAGCCGUUUUAAACGGUUUUCCAUAUUAUUAUUUAUUCGUGCGAAAGCCCAGUUAUGAUUUUUUUACUGCUCUUGGUGACUGAAAGUUGAUAAUUUUUUUUCGGUAGAUUCGACGAUUAUCAUCGGACAUAUAUUAUGGUGCCUUAUUUCGGUGCGCCAGUUUCUACAAAAAUUUGGCGCGAUGAAAGUACGCGUUAUUUUUCAAAAUCUCAUUUCUCCGUAUUAAUAUGGUGCUCGUAGUAUUUAAGUGAGAGAAUUAAAAAAAACCGACGUUAAAAUCUAAUGGGGAUUUUGUUCUAAUAAAAUAUCUAGGAUGAGUAGAUCGAUGAACAAGUGUCGAGGUUUAAUUUUCAAUGUUAUUCAUUAGGAUGUACCGUUGAACUGGCCUUGCCAACAAAAAUAAUAAUGGACUGUGAGUACUCUUGGGGCACAAGAAAUGUAAUGAGAUUGAUUGGUAAAAUACCACGGUGAUGGUUAUUCAAAUAUCUGAGAAUCGUAAGACUGCCUGUGAGAGAUGUGAUGAGGUAAAUUCUAAUCAAUUCGGUCAUCGCAGGGAAUCAAUGCUUAAGAUGUUGAGAUAAAUGAUAAAUUAUUUCAAUGUGAUUGUCAAAGGAUUGGGUGAGUUAUUGAAAUAAUUUCACAAUAGACUUGAGUUUACAAAUCAGAGUGAAGUGCAACAAAAUUACGGGGAAACAUUAGCUCCUUGAAAAAAGGUCGAAAAAAUCGUGUGAAAAAAAAAAUGUGAACAGAUAAGUUCAGAAAAUAUUGUGUACAACAGUUUGUUGGUGUUUAUUUAAUUGUAAAAUGCAAAAUAAUAAUUUGUAAGAGGUUGUCUUCAGGAGGUAAUUGCAAGACAAUUUUCAAAAACAAUUCACAGCUCAUUGAAAUUGGUAAAUGGAAUGUUGGAAAAUAAAUCACAGGUUUGUAAAGAUUUGCCAAUUAUAGAUACUAGGUAAAAUCGAUAUGUGUAUAUCAAAAGUCGUUGAAAGGUGAACUAGAUAGUGUAGUGUGUACGGUUUUUAUCACCAAAAAAAAUGCAAAACCAAAAUGAUGUUCUAGUCAACACGUUUAAUAUAAGGAAUGAAAGUAUUAUACUACUCAUUUACAUGUCAAAAUUAUUAACACGAUUUCUCAUUGAUCAUCGUUGAUGAUUCCUCGAGAGAAUCAGUGGAGAUGAGUUGAUUCGCCAUUAACUUACCUCUCGUUUUCAUGAACAAGUCUACAUGUAGAGUUAUUACCCCUUGAGAAACAAACACUUACCAAAAUUUAGUGUGAACUGAUCGAUGUGUUUAUGUACUAAAGACUCAACAAGUUGUAUGACUAAUAAAUGCAGGUUUAUACACGAAGAUAA